AUGGAUGACUUGGAACGAGCUAUCAGAGUGAUCUUUACACAGGAUCCGUCUGUCACUCCUGUGGUCCGAGAGGAGGCCACCAGAUACUGUGAAGGCGUCAAGGCUCGACCAGACUGCUGGAUCCUGUGCUGGGAGAGAUUUACGCAGACCGAGGUCUUGGAGGUAAAGUUUUGGUGCCUUCAGGUCGUUCUGCAGGUGCUAUCGUCUCUUGCGCCAGCAGCAAGAGCAGAUCUUCGAGGUAAAGUGCUUUCUUGGCUGAGAGAUGUCGCUGCAAAAAAGCAGGAGGAGGUUGUGGUCAAGAACAAAGUUGCACUUGUGUAUGCAGGCCUGGUGAAGUUCGACUAUCCAUCAAGCUGGCCGACUGCAUGGCAGGACUUGAUUGGUCUCAUGGAUGCUGGGCUUCCACUUGUAGAUUUCUUUUUGCGUGUGCUUGCCAUCUUUGACCAAGAGGUUGUCAAUGAUGAAGUCCCUCGGAGUAACGAGGACCGACAGCGCAGCCAUCAAAUCAAGCAUGCGAUGCGUGAGCGUGAUGUAGUCUCUCUGGUUGAGUGCUGGUAUCGGAUCUUGACCACUUUGAAGAGUCCGGCGCCACAAAUGGUGCGAGACUGCUUGAAGGUGACGUCCCUUUAUGUGGUCUGGAUUGAAAUCUUGACUGUGGCCAACGACAAGUUUUUGAGUGCAAUUUGCAAUCUGAUUGCUGAAGCAUCAGGCAGCUCCAGUGAGGCAUGCGAAUGCCUUGCUGCCAUUGUCAACAAGAAGAUGCCGGCUAGCAAGAAGGUACAGAUGCUCAGCGAGUUGCAAAUUUUCGGGCGUCUAGAAGCUUGUGUGCAUCGUGAUGGUUCAGACCAACAGCUGCUCGUCAAGGAAGCUGAGAUGAUCAAUAUAGUUGGCGAGGUGAUUUUGGAAGCCUAUGUCGACCUGCGUGUCCAAAACGACGCUAACAGUGCCGCAUUGGCACAGGUAGCAUGGGAGUCCACCAACGCAUUGAUGCCUCUGGUGUUCUCGUUCUUUGCCCGGAAAGAGCAUCAGAUUGCUGUGUGCGUGGAGCCUUACUUGACUGAGUUCUUCGUAAAGGUCAAAAGCUUUGUGUCCGGUGGGCAAAAGGGCGACAUGGAGAUGGCCCCCUGUCACUCCGUGUCACUGGAGCAGGUCAGGCCCAUCUUGAUGCAAACUCUGCAGCUGAUUAUUCAACGGACUGCAUAUCCUUCCUGGUUUCAGCACAAUGACCCUAGCUUUGAGGAUGACGAGCAACAUGUCGCUUUCAUAGAGUUUCGCAAAAGUUUGACAAAGAUCUACAAGCGCAUAUUCUUAGUGGAUGAGCAGCUUGGCUUCCAGUUUGUGCAAGCAUCUCUUACGCAGCUCACGCAGAAUCUUUCGGGCGUGCAGCCCAUGGAAGUAGACGCGGUCCUCUACCUCUUCAAGGAGGCAGGUGAGACUGUGAAGCAGCUGGAGCAGCAUCUGCAGGCCAAAGGUCCGCUGGCUGGCUGUUUCGUGCAGCUUCUGGAAUGUGAGGCAUUAGUCAAUGCCGAUCACUGGGCAGUGCAGCUAGCACUGAUGGAGCUUUACGUGAAGUAUGGGAAACUUCUCGCAGUGCACCAGGAACUGUUCCCAAGGUAUGGGCAGAGGGUGCUGCAAGCCUUGUUAAGCGCUCGAGGUGUCCGUUCCAACAAUCCUCAUCUCGCGGCUCGUGCCUGCUUCAUGUUUGGUCGCUUUGUGAAAUUGGUCAGAGUCCAAGCUGCGCCCCUGGUGGCACAGAUCCACGAAGCUUUGCAGGAUCUUCUCAUUGUACAGUAUGUUCCAUCAGCGCUCCUUCCUGUACAGGCGGAAGUGUCGCUGACGAAGGUCGCCAUCAAGGGUACGCUUAAGGCGGAUGACCAGGCCAAUCUCUUCGAGGCCCUUGCAAGCCUCGCGACAGCGAGCAGCCCGGAGGAGCUCCCUGCAAAGCUGGAGAUGCUGCUAAAAGGCCCUGCUCAGAACUUGUCGGAAAUUCUAUCUGGUGCGGCAUCGGCACGAACUGGCAACGAUGUAGCUGGCUGCGCAGGCUGGGCUGGCCGUUGCAUCGAGGCCAUUGCAACUGUCAGCAAAGCAUUCAAUUUGUCGCACACUGCAACAGUUCCGGCCUGGGAGCAGGUCCUGAUGGUUGUAGCCAACAUCCUGGAGAAGUUCUCAAAUCACUUGAAUCGUGAGAUUGGGCUUUGGAAAGCUGCACUUUUCCUGUGCCGGCGAAUGGUGGAAGUUUUGGGCGAUCGCUUCUUGCCCGUCCUGGACACUCUGCUGCCCUUCCUCUACGCAACCAACGAUCAGGCAGAUUUGACUGAACUCACCAUUUUUGCGCAUCACCUGGUCUGCCACUACCAGAAGAAGACUCAGCCUCAUCUACAAAAGUGGCUACAUCAGACUUUCCUUCGACCCUUUGCUGUGUGGCAGCAGAUGCCCGAGCAGUCUGACCAGCUGAAGCGUGAGAAGUUGGAGCUUGGCAAUGCCUUGCUGCAGCUACUGAAAGAAGCAGCACAGCGCUGUCCAAGUGCCUUGCUGGAACCCAUGCUAACCAACACCAGGCACGGCCAAGAGAUGACCGGCUUCCUAUUGUGCUGA